ACAAAGUUGAGGAACAAUUGAUGCAUACCCAGAUUAAACAUUAACAAGUGAAACAAAAUGUUGAUACACCAACACUCCAUGCCAAUGGAGCCAUAGUUUCUGCCACUGAGAAGACUUACUGACUGUGGUGAUUCCAGUGCUAUUUUUCCACUUGUCGCCUAAAAAUGAAUGCAUUUCCAGAAGGUUAAUUGAAAGAAAAGGAGACAAUGGGAAAUUCAUAUGCUGGGCAACUGAAAUCUGCACGCUUUGAAGAGGCUCUUCAUAAUUCAAUAGAGGCAUCACUUCGUUCCAACAGUAUUUCUCCUCGACCAAUCUUCUCUCAGCUGUACCUUGAAUCGGAUCAGCCACCUCUAUCUCCUGAAGAUGUCAAACCAAAGAUAGAGGACCUUGAUAAAGAAAUUGAAGUCCAUCGUUACACACAGAGUAGUUCUUCUGGAUUCCCAGCCAUACAAGUUGGUAACGGAUUGGAUAAUGAAGAGGAGGAAGAAGAAGAGGAAAUGUGUGAGUCAAACAGCCCACCUAUUGCCUACAUGCAGAAACAUGUUCCAGAGGGAUCCUGCACUACAGAUGGUUUCUGCCAGGCUGGCAAAGACCUGCGUCUAGUAUCACUCUCUGCAGAACAAAUUGACAUUCCACCGGGCUUUGUGCUGGUAGGAGCCAAGUCUCCAAAUCUCCCUGAGCACAUUCUGAUCUGUGCAGUAGAUAAACGAUUUCUGCCAGAUGACAAUGGAAAGAAUGCACUUUUAGGUUUCUCGGGGAACUGCAUAGGAUGUGGGGAGAAAGGAUUUCGGUAUUUCACUGAGUUUUCAAAUCACAUCAACUUAAAGCUGACAACCCAGCCAAAGAAGCAGAAGCACUUAAAAUAUUACCUGGUCAAAAACUCUCAAGGUGUUUUCUCAAAAGGACCGCUGAUUUGCUGGAAAGAAUGCCGGACUCGUCAGUCACCUAGCAGUUAUUCAUCUACACUACCCUCUGCCAAGCCGGUUGCUGCAGUCGUGGGUGCUACUGCGCCAUCUCCAAAUAUAGACACCGUGUCAUCCAGUGGUUACUGUACUACGGUUGCCAGCUCUCAGACAGAAUCAACAUUUAGUCUUGGUCCAGCAACAUCUACUGCCAAUUACCCAGUAUGCCAGGACCUAUCCAGGAGUGGAAACAUAGCAAAACCUCUGGCUUUAUCUGUGCAACACCUUGGGAAACCUCCAAUUACAGGCAUCAUGACAAGCUCUGGACCACCAAAGAAACGUCAUCGUGGCUGGUCUCCUGGUUCUCCCAUAUCUGCACCUGCAGUAGUCCCUGUUCCAGCUGUGCAACCAGUGACAAGAUCUGAUGCUUUGCUACCCAUUCCUGUUCUUCAGUCAAUGACAGCUGGAGUUUUGCAGCCACAAGCAAUCCCUGCAGGGGAAACUGUUAUCAUCCCUGAAAACUUAUUAAAUAAUUCUGGAGUGAGACCUGUUAUUCUUAUAGGUUAUGGCACUUUACCAUAUUUUUACGGCAACGUUGGUGAUAUUAUAGUAAGUCCUCUACUCGUGAAUUGUUACAAGUUUCCACAGCUGACUUCAAUUGAGCUAGAACAGCUGGGAAUCUCCAACAGCCAAAUCCUAACGGUGGAAAACAUGAUCCUCUUGACAAUACAAUAUCUCAUUCACCUUGGUCCAGACCAGAUGCCUCUCAGGGAAGAAUUUGAACAAAUUAUGCUGAAAGCAAUACAGGACUCGAGUCUUAAAGACAGAUCCUUUCAAAUGGGAGGCCCUUCUUCCACUGUGUCUCCAGGACAAUUACCCUGGCUAGCUCGACUUGCUGCCAGUGUUUCACGAGAUUUGGUGCAAGUUGUUUUUACUCAAAACUCCCUGGCGGACGGCAUCUCAGAGACCUUAAGGAUGUUUGGUGAUGUACAUCUACAACAGAAAGUGCCUAACUAUGUAGUAGUCAUUUGUACAUCAAAGAUGAGAGGAAUUGAAUUCUGUGUGGUGGUUUUAGGUUACUAUCAAUCCAGAAUGCUGGCAGAGAGCAUGCUCACCACAAAUGAGUUCUUGAAGGAGAUCAGUUAUGAACUGAUUACCGGAAAAGUCAGUAUUUUGGCAUCUCACUUCAAAGCUUCCCCCUUUGGUGAUAACUUAGAUAAAUUCCUGGAUAAAUUUCAGCAGAGUCGAAGUAAUACUGUUGCUGUUCCAUUCAACGGAAAUGUUUCAGACUACGUUCCAUCAGACGAAGCUGCUACAAUGACAUCAAUGCGGUGUUUUGAUUCAGUCACUGAAGUGUUCCAGAUUCAUCCAUCUCAGCUUAGUAUUGCUCGAAAGCUAUUAUCUCAAGUUUGUGCCAUAGCAGACUCUGGAAUGCAAAACCUAGACUUGGGGCGUUUUGGCAAGGUUGACUUCAUUAUUUUAGUACCCUCUUCGGAGAUCCUUUUCCAGCAGACUUUGCAACGUAUUCGACAUUCAGGAGUUCUUGUAGACUUGGGUCUUGAGGAAAAUGCUGUAGCCUAUCAAAGGGCUGAGAAAUAUAUUAUCCGGUUAGACCAUGACAUUGAGAACAAAUUUGAUGCUUUCAUGAAAAAAGUCAAGCAGAAUCCAUACACAUUGUUUGUUCUUAUUCAUGACAACUCUCAUAUUGACCUUCCUAGUCUUGUUUCAGGCUCUGCAGCACAUGGGGAAUCCAGCCAAGGUCUGUCGGAUAAGUUUAUUAAUUCACGUGAGGCACUUGAGGCAUGCAACUUACUUAUGUUGCAGGUCAGCUCCUUUCCCUUCACUCUACAGACACAGCAGUCCCGUGUCAGCUCCUACAAUGAAGUACAUUGGAUACUGCCCAGCAGUCCUGAGGAGAUCAGCAAUGAGGAGAUGGUAUAUUUUGGUUUGUCUGAUUACAGUAAAUCCUUACAAUGGGGAAUCACAAGCCCUAUCCUAAGAUGUGAUGAGGCUUUUGAAAGAAUGGUGAAUACUUUGAUGGAAAGAUAUCCCAGAUUACACAGCAUGGUGAUCCGAUGCUACUUGUUAAUUCAGCAGUAUGCUGAAGCUAUGAUGGCUGUAACAUCAAUGAAUUUGCUGAGAGAGCACACUACUCCUGAGACUCUGAGUAUUAUGGAUGAUUUAAUUUGCUGUCCUGGGAAAGAUAAGAUUGGCCGUGGACAUAUGCUUUUGAUACGCGUGCCAUCAGUGCAGCUAGCAAUGCUUGCCAAGGAACGACUUCAGGAUGUUCGAGAUAAGCUUGGUCUGCAGUAUCGGUUUGAUGUACUCCUGGGCAAUCCUGCCAUGGAACUUAGUGUCGCCAAGCACUUUGUUACACGAAUGAAGGUAUGGAGAGGGUGUGAGCAGGAGGAAUGGAUCCCACACACCUAUCAGGAUCUGGAAGGUUUACCAUGUAUUGUCAUCUUAACUGGUAAAGAUCCACUUGGGGAAUCAUUUCCAAGGUCCAUGAAGUACUGUGACCUUAGGUUAAUUGACUCCAGCUACCUCACACGGACAACCCUUGAGCAAGAGAUAGGCCUUGCUUGUGGCUAUGUUUCUAAGAGUGCUGUCAGAGAAACCAUGGCAGUUCUGGAGCAAACGGAGAAGGAGCAAGAAAAAGUCCUUAUCAGUGAGAAUGAAUCUGAUGAAUUACAGAUUGAUCUAGAGAGGCCACAAAGUAACAGCAGUGCAGUCACUGGAACCUCAGGUUCCAUAGCAGAGAAUGGAGUGAGCUCCUCCAGUGCUCUGGACUCAUCACAGAAGCCUGUUUCAUCGCUUAGCUUUCAGAAUAUUGUAAAUAGUUCAAGUGAUGAAGGCACUUCAGCACGUACCUCAACCAAUGUCGUCAGUGAGGGCUGCAAACAAGAAUGUGACUUGGAAGGGAAAGAAACUGCAAACAGCACAGUCUCAAAAUCUUCCUCAUCCUCUGAGAAAUCUCGCCAAUUUAUGCUACUCAAUAAAGACUUCAGGACUCCACAACUCAUUUUUCCAAGAACAGUAAUUUUAUCAAAGCCAGUGUAUCAUCUUCUUGGCUCUGCAAAAAAUGAACAUUUAUGCUCCGCCAAUUUGUUGCCCCAUGCUGAUAUGGCUUGGACAAGCUCACUAAGAUCACUGUUUCACAAGGACUUGAGCAGUGAAGAACAGUCACUCUAUUAUAGACAAUGGACAAUUCCAAGGCAGCAUCAUGCAGACUUUAGCAAUAAAAGUGAGGGAAGUUCUGGAAAUUUUCAUCAGCGGCGGUUGUUAUUGACAGGACCACCACAGGUUGGGAAAACAGGUGCAUACUUGCAGUUCCUUAGGAUUCUUUUUCGCAUGCUAAUAAGACUUCUAGAGGUUGAUGUAUACAAUGAAGAGGAAAUUGAUGAGGAGAUGAAAGAAGCAAAUGAGCACACACAGGGAAUUAACGCACAGUGGCCUGACAUUGAACUCUUCAGCAAAAUGACCUUUGACCUCACAGUGCAUGAUCCAAAGUAUCGCCACAUAAGUUCUGUGUACUCAGACAAGCUGCCAAAGGUUAAGAUAGAAAGUUGCAAAGAACGCAGUCCAAAUGAAGGAUCAGCAAAGCGAGAGACUGUCUCUAUUAUGCUAACCAAGUAUGCUGCAUACAACACAUUCCAUCAUUGCGAGCACUGCCAUCAUUACAUAGACUUCAACCCUGCUGCACAGGUGUCUGAUUCUACGCUACAUGCAUUUACAUUUUCUUCCUCCAUGUUGGGAGAGGAAGUGCAGCUUCAUUUUAUUAUCCCCAAGUCAAAGGAGCAGCAUUUUAUCUUCAGCCAGCAGGGUAAACAUCUGGAAAGUAUGCGUCUGCCUCUUGUCACAGAUAAGAAUCCAAAAUCAGUGAAGAGUCCUAUCUUUACACCUACUACAGGGCGACAUGAGCAUGGCCUUCUGAACCUCUACCAUGCCAUGGAGGGUGCAAACCAUCUUCACAUCCUCGUGGUUAAAGAGUUUGAAAUGCCUCUCUAUCGAAAAUACUGGCCCAACCACAUUAUGUUGGUGUUACCAGGCAUGUUCAAUGAUGCAGGGGUGGGCGCUGCCCAUUUUCUAAUCAAAGAACUUUCAUACCACAAUUUGGAAUUGGAACGAAACCGUCAGGAAGAGAUAGGGGUCAAACGACAGUGCGUCUGGCCAUUUAUACUUGUCAUAGAUGACUCUUGUGUCCUUUGGAAUAUUCAUAAUAUAACAGAACCAAACAGUGAAACAAAGGAACCUACGAUUUCCACAAAGAAUGUUUCCUUGAAGACCAUAAUGCUGCAUAUUGAGGCCACACCAAAGAUUACUCAUUACGCGCUCUGUGGAAUUCAAAAAUGGAACAGCAAGUUGAAUGCUAGCAAACUGAAGACACCAUUCUCUCGCUGUCACAUACAUGACUUUAUAUUGUUGAAUGUUGAUCUUACGCAGAAUGUACAGUAUGAUCUGAACAGGUAUACCUGUGAAGACAUUGACUUCAACCUACGGACAAAUAGCAGUGGUUUACUCCUUUGUCGAUUCAACCACUUUAGUCUCAUGAAGAAAUAUAUCCAGGUUGGAGGACAUAAAGAUUUUGUUAUCAAACCCAAGAUCAUGGUGAGUGAAAGCCUCAAUAUGAUUUCUGCCUCUCAGUACGUCUGUGCUCCAGAUAGUGAAAGCACAAUGCUGGCUGCUCCUGCCCAGUUCCUUCUGGAAAAGUUUCUGCAACAUGCUAGUCACAAACUCUUUCCUAAAGCUUUACGCAACAGUAAGAACCCUGUGUUAGCCAUUGAUUGCUACAUGAACCUGGGUCCUGAGAUUUCCGUGUGUUAUGUAAGUUCACGACCUCACUCAGUUAACAUAAAAUUCGAAGAGGUGUUGUUCAGUGGCCUUCUCCUCUACCUCUGUGACUCAUUCGUUGUCGCUGACUUUCUCAAAAAAUUCCUCUUUCUUAAAGGUGCCACACUCUGUGUGAUUUGUCAAGACCGAAGUUCAUUACGUCAGACUAUUGUACGCCUGGAGCUGGAAGAUGAAUGGCAGUUCCGGCUGCGUGAUGAGUUCCAGACGGCCAGCAGCAGUGAUGAUAAGCCACUUUAUUUUCUUACUGGACGGCAUAUUUAAACUCACUUCAGAUGGCAAGAAACAAUAAACAAGGGUGAUGGGUGGCACUAACAACAGUAUGAUAAAGCACAAUUUAUAAUUCCACAAGGGUAAGGUGGCACAGUUGUGUAGAAAAAAAACAUUGAAAUUUGUCGGUAGCCUGACGACAGUCACUUUAACAACAGAAACAUAGCCUUCAGAGAUAAGAGAGGGCUACGUUCUGAGGUCAGUUUCUUCAGUAACUCCAGAAGAGAGUUUAUUGUGCGAUUUGUGAGGAAAAUUGCUUUACAUACGACUUGGUACAUCAACCUAUUCAACAUGGCAGAAAAAGGCAGCAUGAGCUGCAGAAUGUGUAUUUUUCCAUCAUGGGUUUGACCAGUACUACUUAUUUUAAAAUGUGUCGAAAGUAGGCUUGGAUCAAAGAAGAGUGAACUACUGUCAAUAGAAAUACUUCACUUGAAAGAAACAGAACCAAAGCAGUGGUGGGAAAGCAAUUGAAGAUUGUAUGUUGAAGAUUCUCCACUGUCACUAUUCUGACUGUAUGUAUCUACAGUUAAGCUCAGGGGUUUACAUAUAGGUGACAAUGGAGAGGGAUUGUCUGUAAUCAUGCUAACUAUUCUCUUUUUUUUUGUUUUUGUAGCAUAUGGUUUCAUACUUAUUUGAUGUAAUACUUCACCCUUAAGUAUUUUUUUUAGAAAGCUCACAUUUCUUCUGAACAUUUUAAUCUAAACUUAUUACUAGAGAAAUUGCAAAAUUUCAUUAUCUGAUGCUUCGUGGGAGUGUUGCUGUAAAUUUUAAUGGCAUCUUGUCUCGAAACAUUUUCUGACACAAGUAGGCCUUUGUUAAUUUGUGAUUUCAUUUAACAGAAUUGUCUUUGCUCUCUCCUGUAUAUCCUCCACAAGAGUACUUUUCUAUAUAUUGCACAGGUGCUUUUGUUUUUGCU